UUUGUUGUAUGCGUGUGGCAGUAGAAAGCUGGCAAGUCUCUGAAGGUGGGGAUUUACAUGUAACUUCCAUUGUAAAUUUACACAAAACAUACCUCAGUUCGUCUAAAUCGUUUACAGCAGAUUAAAGAACAAAUGGGUUUCCAUUGCAAUAAAUAACCGGAGUCUCGCAAAAAAUUAAAUAAAAAUAUAUAUUUAGAAAAACCCCACAAAAAGCAGACAUACUGGUAUUAUAAACCUCUGAAAGGGUCCUGCAUUCACGGAGUAUGGAAGUUAUAGUGGAGUAUGACUAUGAAGCCCUCCGUGAAGACGAGCUCACAAUCCGGGUAGGAGACAUUAUUAGACAUGUGAAAAGACUGGAGGAGGAAGGGUGGAUGGAAGGAGAUCUCAAUGGCAAGACAGGCAUGUUUCCAGAUAACUUUGUCAAGGAAAUUAAGAAAGGAACUGAAGCAAAAGAUGACAUCCAGCCAAUUAGGAGAGAGCGUGGAAAUGUGGCUAGUCUUGUACAGAGAAUGAGUGUCUAUGGGUUUCCAACUGGAGCGUUUCAACCACACUCCAAUCACAAGAGUUUAAAAAGGAAAUCAAAGAAACGACAGUGCAGAGUUGUUUUUGAAUACUUGCCACAGAACGAAGAUGAACUGGAGCUGAAAGUGGGAGAUGUGGUAGAUAUUAAUGAAGAGGUUGAAGAGGGUUGGUGUAGUGGAACAAUGAAUGGGAAAUCUGGAUUGUUUCCAUCCAAUUUUGUUAAAGAAAUAGAAGUCUCAGACGAUGGAGAACAGAAUGACGUUCUUGAUGAUUCAGAGACUAACAGUAAAGAGCUUCCUGGAGCAGGCCCCACCACUCCUACCUCUCCGCUCCUCUCUCCUGGGGUCGGGAAUGAAGCCAUAGCACAGCCAAAGAAAGUCAAAGGAGUGGGGUUUGGAGACAUAUUUAAAGAGGGAUCUGUGAAGCUCAAAGCAAGAUUGCCUAGUAGUGAGUCAGAGGAGAGGAAGCUGGAGAAGCCACUGCCAUCAUUGCCAUCUGCUCCAAAGACUAAUCAGUUGAAUAUGACAGACUUAAUUAAGCUAGAAGGAGAAAGCAAACCUAAAGUAAAUGAAUAUUGUAAAGCUCUGUUUGUUUAUGAGGCAACAAAUGAGGAUGAACUGAGUCUUAAAGAAGGCGAAAUCAUACAGAUAUUAAGCAAGGAUACAGGAGAACCAGGUUGGUGGAGAGGAGAGGUCAAUGGCAGAGAAGGGGUCUUUCCUGACAACUUUGUGACUGUGGUAUUAGACUCUGAAAAAGACGUUGCAACACCCAGAUUUUCUCCUCCAAAAUCAGAAAUAGACGAUAAACCAAAAAAGCCAACACUGCCUGCAAAAUCCCCAGCACCAAAGCCUGAAGUUCCCAGUGCUGACAGGAAACCUCUUCCAGCCAAGCUCGAGGAAAAAGGUGAUAAGCCAAUCCCUGACCAGAAGCCUACUAAGCCUGCUGCCCCUUUGGUUCCUCCCAAAAAGCCCAUCCCUCCUCCGGGGAAGGGAAGUAUCCUGCUCAGGAUGGGAUCCACUGCUCCUAAAAGGCCAGACAAACCACACCUACCACUGCCUGUAGCUAAACCUAAUGGAGAGGUGCCUUCUAUUCGACCAAAGACAGAAUUCGAGCCAGCGAUAAUUCGACCAAAAGAAUCAUCUAUCAGACCAAAGUCUACACCUUGUGUGGAUUCAGCAGAUGGUGACAUAGAUCUCAUGAGUUUCAAUGACAUUGCAUCUACCUCAGAGAAACUCUAUCACCCUACCACAAACCGACCGAAGAUGCCUGGCCGGAGACUGCCUACACAGUUUGCCAGUUCUCCAAAUAAAGAUGCUCACAUAGAAAAGGUCCUUAAAGUAGAAGAGGAAGAACAGGUCAAGCCAAAGUUAUUAGAAUCUAAAAAGCCAUCCUUCCAGACGCCACCAACACAGUCCACUUCCAAACCAAUUGCAGUCAACAUUCCUGCUUAUGAUUUGAAACCCAAAGCAGAAGGAGAGGAUGGGAAUAAAUCUGAAAUAGAAGAGCUCAGGGCACAAAUUAAUCAGCUACUACAUGAUGUGGAACUGUUGAAGACACAGCAGAAGAAAGAAAUAACUGAUCUGAGAAAUGACUUAGAUAAAGAAAAAGAAAAGCGAAUUGUCUUGCAGAUGCAGAUAGAAAAAUUGAAGAAGACAGUCCAGCUCACAUGAAGUCGACAUUAUCAGCAAUAAUAAGAAAGUUCUAACGACAACUGGAAAGAAAAUAUUGUAUGCCUAAUACUUUUUUUUUUUUUUUUUUUUUUUUUUGAUAAUUAUUGCUCUGUUCCACAUAUGGAAGAAAAUUGUCAUGUAUUGCACAUAAUAAGGUCUUUUUAGAUAAGAGUUGCAAUUGAAUACAGAUGUAAAAAGAAAAAAAAAAAGGGUUUUGUUUUUUGCCAAAACAAAUAAUUGAGGCCUUAUUUACUACUGUGCUGGACAUGCAGACUGCAUUCAUUGAAUGUCUGAUGUUUGCUUUAAAUACUACUGAAUCUGUAUAAAGGGAUAGGGGGUUCAAACUAGAUAUUUUUUUAUUAAAUGCUGGUAGUUGAUUUUAAACAUGAGUAUAUAAUUACAGUUAUAUUGGUAUCUAUAAAUAUUGGUACAUACAAUGAUAUAGUAGCAGAAAUGCUUUGGUUACUCCUUCUAAAGGAAGAAUAUAACUUUGUUUUGUUUGGCAACAUUCCUACCCAUGAUAACACUAUCAUGCCUGUAGAAAUCCUUCAGUGUAAGUUAACAUAGAAAUAUUUUAUGUCCAAAAAACUAAGAGUGAAGACUUGAUGAAAAUUCAGUCUUUUGUUUUAUUUACUCACAAGUCUCAACUUUUUUCAAGCUCUGGGAAAUACAUAAUGCAAAAGUUUGCCUAUGCAUAGUCAGGGACUACUCUAGCAAGCACCCAGAAAAAAUAAAAGGACAAGUUUAAGUAACUCCAGCAUCAGAUAAGGGACACAUUAGGAGGACAAGAUUGGUCGAUGUUUGAGUAGACAGACAUUUUCUGUUAGAACCAAACUUUUGGUAUCAGUCCACAUUCACCAAAUAUAAGAUUUUGAUACACUUUAGUCUGGAAUCUUUUUGUUGUACAUUGUUGGAAAGCCACUGUCUGUUAAGCAUAAGGCCUAAUAGGGCAAAAGUAGUUUAAGAAAGAAGUUGAAAUAGUAGACAAAAAGUCAAAUCCAGACCGCCUGUCAUGGCGUAAAACAUUUUACAAUUUCUAUGGUAAAUCCUUAUCACAUCCCCAACGGUAGACUGACAAUCUACUAUAAAGUGGAUUCAGAUAAUAUACUGGUGUUUUGAAGUUUCUGGUCCCAUUUUAUCUCACUCCACCGUUAAUGUUGGACCUACUAUACCAGUUUAUAACUCAUAUUGCAAUCUGCAGAUGUGUGGAACAGGGUGUUUUCUGAAAUAAAUCUAAUCCUGCAUUAGGUGCAGGUAUGUUUCUGCAGCUGUUCCUUUAGUGCAGCAUGGGUGAUAACCUUUUUGUGUUCUAACAGUAGUUCUUCACCUUUUUAUGUUCUAACAGUAGUUCUUGACCUUCAAUAUUUUAUAAAGGUGGAACAGUGACCACUGCAACAGUAAAACUCUGCUUUUAAUAAGUGGGUUUCUCUAGUUAUUAUAGUGACAAUCCUUAGUAAUGAUUCAAAAGCCUUUACAAUGUUACAUAAAAACUGCCUUCUUAUUUCCAUAGCAAUAAAAUGAGUGAGUACAAGGAUUUAAUUAAUUAUAUAUAUAUUAUAAAUUGCUGCCAUGAUUAUUUUUAAGCCAUGAUACUGUGUCACCCAGGUAACAGAAAGACAUUUGUGCAUUUCUCUGUUUUAAGGAUUAUGUUGUAAAAAGGGACUUUGGGCUCUAAACAUUCCAUUUUAUAUAAAUAACUAAUUACGAUACACAUUUAAAGUCUAUUCCCAACUAUUUCCAAGAGCUGUACAAUUGCAUAAUUAAUUGAAAAAUUGUUAAAAAAAAAAAUAAUAAUAAUAAUAAUAAAUAUCCAAUG